AUGCCGGCUUUGCCCGCGCUGCUGCUGCUGCUGAUACUCGCCUUCGCCCACCAGAGCUUGGAACUGUUGUCCUCUCUGCGCAUGGCUGCCAUUUUGGAUGACCAGACAGUGUGUGGACGUGGGGAGCGACUCGCCUUAGCUUUGGCCCGUGAACACAUCAACAGCAUCAUUGAAGUGCCCGCCAAGGCCCGGGUGGAGGUGGAGAUCUUCGAAUUGCAGCGGGACAGCCAGUACGAGACCACCGACACCAUGUGUCAGAUUCUGCCCAAAGGGGUGGUCUCCGUUUUGGGACCAGCGUCCAGCCCGGCCUCUGCGUCCAUCGUCAGCCACAUUUGUGGAGAAAAAGAGAUACCCCAUGUUAAGGUGGGUCCUGAAGAAACGCCAAAAUUGCAAUACCUGCGCUUUGCUUCGGUCAGCCUCUACCCCAGCAACGAGGAUGUCAGCCUGGCGGUGUCUUGCAUUCUGAAGUCCUUCAACUAUCCCUCAGCAAGCCUCAUUUGUGCCAAGGCUGAAUGCCUGUUGAGACUGGAGGAAUUAGUGCGACAGUUCCUCAUCUCCAAGGAAACCCUUUCGAUCCGGAUGUUGGACGACACCAACGAUCCCACGCCGCUGCUGAAGGAGAUCCGAGACGACAAAAUCUCCACCAUUAUUAUCGACGCCAAUGCUUCCAUCUCUUAUCUCAUCCUGAAGAAGGCUUCAGAGUUGGGGAUGACAUCUGCCUUCUACAAGUACAUCCUGACAACCAUGGACUUCCCAAUCUUGCACUUGGAUGGAAUUGUGGAUGAACAUUCCAACAUCCUGGGCUUCUCCAUGUUCAACACCAGCCACCCUUUCUACCUGGAAUUUGUCCGUAGCCUCAACAUGUCAUGGCGGGAGAACUGUGAACUCAAUCUUUAUCCAGGACCGGCGCUAUCAGCAGCCCUCAUGUUUGACGCAGUACAUGUGGUUGUGAGUGCCGUGCGGGAAUUGAACCGUAGCCAGGAGAUUGGGGUUAAGCCCCUGGCUUGCACAUCAGCUAACAUCUGGCAACAUGGAACCAGUCUGAUGAACUAUCUGCGCAUGGUAGAGUAUGACGGGCUGACGGGACACGUGGAAUUCAACAGCAAGGGUCAAAGAACGAAUUAUACCCUGAGAAUUCUGGAAAAAGGUCGACACGGACACCGGGAGAUUGGGGUGUGGUACUCGAACAAAACGCUUGCAAUGAACGCCACAACGUUGGAUAUCAAUGCCUCAGAGAGCCUUGCCAACAAGACCCUGGUGGUCACCACCAUCUUGGAGAACCCGUACGUGAUGCGUCGGCCAAACUUCCAGGAACUGUCUGGUGCCGCCCAGUACGAAGGCUUCUGCGUGGACAUGCUUCACGAGCUUGCCGACAUCCUUAAGUUCCGUUUCCAGAUCAAACUGGUGGAAGAUGGACUUUAUGGGGCGCCUGAACCUAAUGGAUCUUGGACUGGCAUGGUGGGAGAACUCAUCAACAGGAAAGCCGAUCUGGCGGUGGCUGCCUUCACCAUCACUGCCGAACGGGAGAAGGUCAUUGACUUCUCCAAGCCCUUCAUGACCUUGGGAAUCAGCAUCUUGUACCGUGUACACAUGGGACGCAAACCGGGUUAUUUCUCCUUCCUUGACCCGUUCUCCCCAGCUGUUUGGCUUUUCAUGCUUCUUGCCUAUCUGGCAGUCAGCUGUGUCCUCUUUCUAGCUGCUCGGCUGAGCCCUUACGAAUGGUACAACCCUCAUCCUUGUCUCCGGGAGCGUCACAACAUCCUGGAAAACCAGUACACGCUGGGCAACAGCCUCUGGUUCCCAGUCGGGGGCUUCAUGCAACAAGGAUCUGAAAUCAUGCCACGAGCGCUUUCCACCCGUUGCGUCAGCGGGGUCUGGUGGGCCUUCACUCUGAUCAUCAUCUCUUCCUACACGGCCAACCUUGCUGCCUUUCUCACCGUGCAGCGCAUGGAGGUGCCUAUAGAAUCGGCGGAUGACUUGGCUGACCAAACCAACAUCGAAUACGGCACCAUCCAUGCCGGUUCCACCAUGACCUUUUUCCAGAAUUCCCGAUAUCAAACCUACCAGCGCAUGUGGAACUACAUGCACUCAAAGCAACCGAGUGUCUUCGUCAAGAGCACGGAAGAGGGGAUUGCUCGGGUGCUGAAUUCGAAAUAUGCCUUUCUUUUGGAGAGCACGAUGAACGAAUAUCACCGGAGGCUCAACUGUAACCUGACCCAGAUUGGGGGGCUACUAGAUACCAAGGGCUACGGCAUCGGGAUGCCCCUGGGUUCUCCAUUCCGGGAUGAGCUCACCCUGGCUAUUCUGCAGCUUCAGGAAAACAACCGGUUGGAAAUCCUGAAACGCAAAUGGUGGGAAGGAAGCAAAUGCCCCAAAGAGGAAGACCAUCGGGCCAAAGGGUUGGGUAUGGAGAACAUUGGAGGAAUAUUUGUGGUGCUGAUCUGUGGACUCAUCAUUGCCGUUUUUGUGGCCGUCAUGGAAUUUGUGUGGGCCACACGGCGCUCAGCGGAGCACGAAGAGAUCUCCGUUUGUCAAGAGAUGCUGAGGGAGCUACGUCACGCGGUUUCUUGCCGCAAGCCGACUCGCUCCCGACGGCGACGGCGCCAUUACCCCAUCCGCGGGGGCCUUUCGCUGCGAUCUGUCCGGGAGAUGCGCCUCAGCAACGGCAAACUCUAUUCGGGGACUUUAGUGACAGAACCAGGCCCUCAGCGCCUGCUGGAAGAGCCCCCCAGGCCUUGUACCCACGUCCGCAUUUGCCACGAGUGCCGGCGCAUCCAGACUCUCCGGGGAGCUCCCCCGCCACCCCGGGGGCCCCCGCCGCCUGAAGAAGGCACUCCACGGAGGGGAGUCCCCCGCGAACUCAACGAGCAGGAGUGA